AUGAAUCAAGAGAGUCUAUAUGGAAACGCAGACAUACCUGAUGAUCAAGUUAUUGAAGAAAUCUUUCUGGAAAAGAAAACUGUUCAUGCCGAUGAUGCAGUCGAUUAUGAAGAUAUAGAUGAGUUGGCUGAAUUAGAAGAAGAGCCAGCAAAGCAGAUGGAUGAUGAAGAGUUUGAUCGAAUACUAAAAGAGGGAUCAGUCGAGCCAUCCGAGAAGGUACACAAUCAUGUAGAUGUGAAAUUUGCUGACGAAGAGCAGGCACAACACUUGGCUGAUGACCAGUUUGAUGCAAUGUUUGGGGAUGACCUAGACAAUCUCGAGUCUAACAAUCAUCUAAUUGAGCAAGAAAACAAUGGGAUGAAUGACUUAGGUGGCAUAUUUGAGGAUACACAUGAACAGGAGGCAAAGAAGACGCGGAGAGCGGAGAUACGACAGAAGGUACUUACAGCAAUAGCUAAGCUAGAGAAAAGGCGAGUCAAACGAAACAUCAAACAUUACUUCCCCUCCUAUUCCAACGACAAACCAUUGGACUUUUUCAAGUUUUUCCUCCCCAAGCCAAUGUUUUACAGGUACAAGAGGCCAUACAUCACUUGCAAAAAAGUAAUGAGACAUUUAACUCCAAAGGUAAACUUAGAGCUUCAAAUGGAUCAAAGAAAGCUCAUCCGUGAGACCAGGGAAAAGAACGUGACUGAGAUUACUCAGCAUGACUUGGAUUUCAUUAAAAACUUGCAAGAGAAAAGCACGUCAUUGGAUUCAUUUAUAAAACCGCUUGAUUAUGUGAAGCGGGAUUGGCUUAACAAUGACAAAUUCAAGGACUAUUCCAAAGACUUGAUAUUAUCAACCGCAGACUGGGAUGAUGACGCAAUUAUCAACGGUGAUUACACAGCCAAGUCCAUCAAAGAAUGGGAUUUAAACCUGGACGAUGAAUUUGACGUGUUUGAUGGACAAAUCGAUCUCGAUAAGUUGAAACUUGACAUGAAUGAUCCUAAUUUGUUACUUGUUCCAACACAGAAGGCCAAACCAAAGCGCAUACAGCCUUUCGACAGGUUCAAUUUGUCAAAUGAUAAAGAAUAUGAGCUUUUACGGAGAAACUACAACACUAAACAGAGAUCACACUUGAGUAACCUAACCAUUGAGCAUUCUGUUCCGGCUAUGAGAUUACAAACACCAUACUAUAAGGUCAAACUUUCCAAAGCUGAAGCUAGGGCUUUCCACCGCCCAGUUUUCCAUGUCCGACCAGGUACUUUAAUGAGCUUUUCGAAAUUGAAGUUACGGAAAAAGAAAAAAGACAAGGGUAAAUCUUUGCAUGAAAUAUUUGCAAAAACAACUGAUUUGACUGUUGCUGACACGGCAAACAUGAUAACAUUGGAGUAUGCGGAGCAAUAUCCUCCUAUAUUAUCCAACUUUGGUAUGGGGUCAAAGUUGAUAAACUACUACAGGAAACGAAGUCCGGAUGACAGUUCCCGUCCAAAAGCCCAAUUUGGAGAAACUCAUGUUUUGGGUGUUGAAGAUAGAUCGCCCUUUUGGAAUUUUGGAGAGGUCUCUCCAGGUGAAUUUGUACCCACAUUGUAUAAUAACAUGGUGAGAGCUCCUAUCUUCAAACACGAACCAAGAAGUACCGACUUUCUAUUGAUAAGAUCUCAAGGUGCCGGUUCACAUCAGAAAUAUUAUUUACGCACAAUGAAUGUCAACUUUGCGGUUGGAAAUGUAUUCCCCGUGGAGAUUCCUGCUCCUCAUUCUCGUAAGGUGACAAAUAUAUCCAAAAAUAGAUUGAAAAUGAUUGUUUACAGAGUGAUGAAUUCAAAAGGAGCACCACGUAUUUCAGUCAAGGAUGUGUCAAAACAUUUUCCAGAGCAAACAGAUAUGCAAAAUAGACAACGGUUGAAGGAGUUCAUGGAGUACCAAAGACAAGGUGAUGACCAAGGAUUUUGGAAAGUUAGAGGUAUGAACGAUGUGAUCCCCACAGAGGAGGAUAUACGAAGCAUGAUUACCCCAGAGGAUUCCUCAUUGAUGGAUGCAAUGCAGUCUGGCCAACAAGCAUUGGAGGAUAUGGCAACUUUGUUUGGCGAUGAAUCAAAACUCAUGAGUAAUCGGAAACGAAAGGAAAUGGAGAAAAAAGAGGAGACAACUGACCCUUCGGAGAGUGAAGAGUCAAAGAGGGAAAAGGAAAAGAAAAAAAAUAAAGAGCAGGACGACAUCGAAGCGGAGGAAGAGAUGGCACCUUGGAACUUGUCGAGAAACUUUGUCGUUGCCAAUCAAACCAAGGGUAUGUUGCAAUUAAAUGGAGAGGGAGACCCUUCAGGUAUUGGAUUGGGAUACUCAAUGUUACGUGCCACACAAAAGAAUCCCUUUAAACCGUUGUUUCCGCCACCGCCUGAGAUUGUGCCAAAGAGUAACGCGGCUGCUCAUAAUCAAAAGUUAUACGAACAAGAGAUCAAAAGAAUAUGGUAUUCGCAGAGAAGUUCAUUGGUUGAUCAUGGUUCAUAUCAGCAGAUCUACAACGAAUACAAACCUGCUGAUCAUGAGAAAUACUUUGUCAGCAAGUUGGAACAAGACACCAAAGAGAAGGAUCAACGACAAGAACCCAAAGAAGAAAAAGUUUUACGUAUCACAAGAAGAGUUCGUGAUCAAAACGGAGUUGUGCAACGGAAAGUUGAAACCAUCACAGACCCCAGGUUGAUACGAGCUUACAUCAAGCGAAAGAAGUUGCUUGAAGAUGAAUUACUAAAGAAUGCUGACGUUGAUGAGAUAUUGCCUACAAAUGAUGCUGAAUUGAAUAAACUUCGUCGAAAGGCAUUGGAGGAGAAACUUGCCAAUUUGGAAAAAAGGGCUAAACAAAGCAAAGCAAAGAAGCCACCUAAUGAUGCUAUUCAUGCUGCUGCUGCUGCUGGCGCGACAAUUAUUGAUGCGAAUACAGUCAUGUUACCUGAUGGCUCUUAUGUGAUUGGUGGAAAAGGAAUUGGUAAAGGAAACUCCACCACCAGGAGGUGUAAAAGUUGUGGAUCAUUUGGCCAUAUAAGGACAAACAAAACAUGUCCAUUGUAUGACCAAAUGAUUGCGGGAACCUUGCCAAAAAAGAAUAUAUAG